AUGCUGGGAAUUAAAAAUUCAGAUGUCGCUAUCGAUAAUUGCAGGCAGGAAAAGACGGAUGACCACGACGACUUCCAUCCUGAUCCUGACAAUGACAAAAGUCCCCAUGGCAUACUAGACGCUGAUAGCAGUCAUCUACUACCCACCGCCCUUUAUCCCCCCGACAAGGGCUUCCGAGCCUACAUGUGCAUCUUCGGCGCCUUCUGGGGCAUCUUUGCCUCCUUUGGCUACGUCCUCGUCAUCGGCAUGUUUGAGGAAUACUACCAAUCCCACCAGCUCAAGACCUAUUCCGCCUCACAAAUCUCCUGGAUCUCCUCCCUCCAGACCUUCUGCAUCGUCUUCUUCGGCGUCAUCGUCGGCCGCGCAUACGACAUCUUUGGCGCAAAACCAAUCAUGAUCCCCGGCACCUUCCUCAUGGUCGUCGGCAUCAUGACAACCUCGAUCUGCACUCAAUACUACCAAUUCGUCCUCUCGCAAGGCCUCUGCACCUCCAUCGGCGCCGCAAUGGUCUUCAACCCCUGCAUCGCCUCCGUCUCGACCUGGUUCAUCCGCCGCCGCGCGCUCGCCCUCGGCGUCACAAACUCCGGCGCCUGCCUCGGCGGCAUCGUCGUCCCCAUCCUCUUCCGCACGAUCGAGCUCAAGGCCGGCUUCGGCUGGGGCGUGCGCUCGCUCGGCUUCCUCAUGCUCUUUUUCUCCGUCGUCGCGUGCUGCACCGUUUCCUCGCGCUACGCUCCACCUGGCCGCCAGCCCAUCCGCUUCACGCACACCUACGUCCGUCCGUUCAAAAACAAGACAUUCGCGACUCUCUGUCUCAGCAUCUUCCUACUCUACUGGGGCUACUACAUCCCCGUGAACUACAUGUCCACCAACGCCAAAGCAAACGGCUUCUCCUCCACCCUCGCAAUGUACCUCACCUCCGUCUUCAACGCCGGCAGCCUCGUAAGCCGCAUCGGCUUCGCCUUCCUCGCCGACUCGCUCGGCCGCACAAACGUCUUCAUCGUCUCCCUCCUCGCCACCGCGAUCCUCACCGCCGCGCUCUGGAUCCCCGCCACAUCCCACGCCGCAAUCAUCGCCCACGCCGCCCUGUUCGGCGUAACCUCCGGCAUCGGCGUCACAGUCUGGCAGCCGCUUGUCGCAGAGAUCUCGCCCCCGGACGAGGCUGGCGCGAGGCUGGGGAUCGUCAGCGCGUGUCUGGCUUUCGCGGCUUUGUUUUGUAUGCCGGUCGGAGGCGCGAUUAUCUCGUUGAGUGGAGGGGAGUAUUGGCAGUGCGGGUUGUUUGCUGCGCUAAUGUUGUGCGCUGGCGCGGUCGUUGCUCUUGCGGCUAGGCAGAUGAUUACGGGGGGCAAGUGGCUUGUAAAGCGAUAG